UUGUCCAUGUUGAGAUGCCUCGGCUAAAAACCGGCUCCCGUCGGUAUACGGUAGAGAGCAGGACGAGGGGAAAUCAACAAGCCUUAUAUCUCUUACAAUUCCCUGACAUGCCAAUGGCAGUGUUCUGGAUAAUCUAUGCAUAGCUUAAUUAAACCUGACCGUCUAAGUCAGCAAAUCAUCAAUCCCUUACUCUACAGCAUAUAUCCAUCUUCCAGCCAUUAUAUAUACAAUCACGAACGACCACAAUAACACCAACACAAUUUCAACCAUCCCAACAUCCCUUCCCAGAACCACGAACAAUACUCGAAGAUGCCACCCCUAACCCCCCAAAUCUUCCACAAAACCCCAAUAGCAUCCACCCUCCUCGCCGACCCCAACUACACCUCCGUCCCCCAAUCCUCUAUCCCCCGACACACGGACCCUUUCUUCCGAAUCACCGCGCGCACCUCCUCCGCCGUGCUGGAAACACACUUUCUCUACCGCACCACCCCCAGCCCAGAAGGCCACCUGCUUCUCCACUGCGGGCGCGGCGUCACGGGCCAGAAUGGCAUCGCGCACGGCGGGUUCCUGGCGGCCGUGAUGGAUGAGGUCACAGGGAAUUUGAUCGGGGCUACCGGGUUGGAUGAGGGGCUUGGGAUGUUUACGGUGAAGUUGGAUGUGGGGUAUAAAAGGCCGGUUUUUGUGGGGGAGCCGAGUAUUUCUAGUGGGAGUGGUGUAGAGAAGGAAUUGGGAACGGGGACAUCGGUUAUUGUUGCGACGGCCAAGUUGGGGAAGAUCGAUGGGAGGAAGGUGUUUGUUGAAGCUGUUAUUAGGAAUGCGGACGGGGAGGUUUGUACGACUGCUGAGGCGAUCUUUGUCAAGAAAAGGCCUGCGGCGGGUGUGUUAUAAACAUUAUAAACAUUCAAGUAGUACUAGAUGAAAGGAAUAGAAGGGUGAUAGAAGUUGAUAUGGGGAAUUUUCAUUCAGUCUAUGGUAUAGAUAGAAACGUCCAUUAUUUCCGGCGCCUGUACUGUACACCACGUCCAUCCGGCUCGUCGUCGUCGCGGCAAAACCAAGU